CCGCCCUCCUCUCGGGCUUGUUCCUCUGUGCUUUUUCCACCUUAAGUCGUCAACAGCGGAAAUAUUCCUCCCACGGUCAGUCCACGCAGGACUUGCGCCAUUCCUCCCCGUUGUUGACAUUUCCUCCAGGCGACAUGGUCUCCAGUCUGACACCCUCAGAAUCCUCUCCUGUGCCCAAUGGGCAUGGCGAGAAGCGCAAGGCAGAUGGUGACGCAGGAAGCGACAGGCAAACACAUACUCGGUCGAAGAGAAAUAGAUACAUUUCAAUUGCAUGCAAUGAAUGUAAGCGGCGCAAGAUCAAAUGCAAUGGGCAGGCACCGUGCCAGCGAUGCGGAAAUCUGUCGCUCGAAUGUGUCUACGCGCCAAAUUGCUGCACCAAUUCUCUAAAGGACUCGGCGGAAUUCAACCAGAUGCGCGACGAAAUUACCACGCUGCAGAUGCAAGUCAAUGAGCUGUUCACCAGUCUUAGCGAACUUCGAUCCCGACCCGAGACUGCCUACCCACCUCCGAUCGAUCCUCUCGUCUCCCAAGAUGCCUCGAACCGCUCGCUCCCAAUGUCGGUUUCCCGAACACUUCCUCCACUCAUUUCGCCGAAGAGAGCCCCAUCGAGGGCUUUACCCCAGUUUCAUGGCCCUACGAGCACAUUGUAUGGUAUCGAUGUCGCUAAGUCAUCACUGCAGACAAUGGGGAUCACACAAAAUGCGGCGGACGAUGGAAUGAUUUCACGAGAUCGAAGUCGCGCGGCAUCACCUGUGUUUCCAGUUACGCCACAUCCAUCCAAAGAUCCUCUUUGGCUGAUAGACCACGCCGAGGUCAUCCGCUUGUUGCGUGUCUAUGAGGAAGAAAUUGGCAUCAUGUAUCCCGUGGUCGAUAUUGAAAAGGUAAUCAAGCAUGCAGAUUCGCUUUACAAAUUCAUCCAAGCGUCUCUUCGAGCUGGGUUCGGCAAUCUUGCACUACCUGGCGCUGACGCCAUUGACGACGAGGAGACUACCGUGCUAAAGAUGAUCCUUGCUGUCACCAUGACUGUUGAAGGCCAUGGGCGCAGCGACUUUGGUCAGAGGUUCUUUGAUGCCGCUAAGCCAGCAGUCGACUUGAAGCUGGUCACAGCUUUGGACACCAAGUCGGUGGUUUUGGUUGUGUUGACGGCUACCUUCUACUUUCAGAAGGACGAGGAGGCACAGGCGUGGCGUUUCAUUGGUAUAGCCGCGCGUAUGUGUAUCGAAAUGGGCCUACACAGGAAAGACUCUCUAGUCAAAACUUUUACCAAUGAAGCCGAAUAUCAACAAGCUGUCAGGAUUUUCUGGACAGUCUACGCCCUCGAUCGUCGCUGGAGUUUUGGUACUGGAAUGCCGUUUGCUCUACAAGAUGCAGAUAUUGAUUCCAAUCUGCCGGAACCUGACGAGAGUCACCUCUAUCUAAGACACAUUACCAAAUACAACCAGAUUGCGACCAAAGUAUGGUAUCACAACUUGGCGUACGAAGCAGGUCAGAACACCAAGAAGGAUGAGAUUGGGUUUCUCGAUUAUCAAAUCCUGCAGUGGUAUCAGCAACUCCCGGAACCAUUGCAAUUUAACAGUCGAGAUCUUGUUGCUGAGAAUGAAGUACCUGGACGUGGUGUCCGACGACUACGUUUGCUUAUGUACCUGCGGAGGAACCAGGCACGGAUCUCAAUUUAUCGACCAAUCCUCCAUUCGGCAACGAGCAUCAUGGAGAACAGACACUACGCUCAGAAUGUCGCGGACGUGGCCAAAGACACCAUCAAUACUUUGACUGGAGUCAACCAGAUCUCGGACAUUUACAAGACACAACAAGUCAUGUACAAUUACUUCCUCGUACAGGCUUUGGCGGUGCUCUUCCUGUCCGUUGCACAUGCUCCAGCCGUCUUUUGCUCGCAAACAAGACAAGAAUUCUACGCCGCGAUUGAAAUGGUCAAGGGCUUCAGCACCAAGUCUCAUGUGUCCAAGCGGAUUUGGAAGACUAUCCGAGGUCUCAAGGAGAUGGGUGACAAGAUUGGCCUUCUGGCGCGUGGAAAUAACACCCUGAACGACGCCGAGCAGGACGCUCACUCGGAUGCCGCGGUCGCAAUGGCUGGACUUGCAGGACAUCAAGUCGAGUAUUCAUCCUUUGCGAAUCAACCACAGGGCGGCGAGCUUGGAGUGAGUCCGGACGACGCUCUCCAGAUUACGAAUGAGCUGUCUAGCUUGUUUGAAUUGGCGGGUGGGUACGGUGCUACGACUCCAAUUCCAGACACGUUCAACUUCAAUGGAGAUCUGAAUUUGGGAGAAGGGUUUAACGCCUUUGGGAACGAGCCGGAAUUGUCCAGGAUUAUGAAUGAACUGUUUUGAUGAGAGCAAUAUAACGAA